AUGAGUGAUACUCAAAUAGCGACAUCUUCCUUGUUAGCAGACGCAUUUUCAGAGCAUGUGCAAGCAACUAUUCGACUCACCAAAGUGGCGCUUGAGCUUGAGUGGACAGUAUUUACACGCUUUACUGUAGGGGUUAUUGCAGCAACCAUUUUAUCGGUCAUCUAUCUUGUCUGGACCCUUCGUCAUUCUCGUCGACCUCUCGUAGUCUGGGAAAAACUGAACAAACCACUCAUCAAGAUUUUUCGACCCAAGAUAUUUGCAUUUCUGCUGGGAAAUAUCAAUCCCUAUUCUGGAUCUAUAGACAUGAGAAUUUCAACCUUUUCUCGUGGAUUCUGUACUGGUUUUAUGCGGGAUAGACACAGCAACCGUAAUCCAUUCAAAAGUAUUCAUGCUACGGCACUUGCUACGUUUGCAGAAUCUGUUGGUGAAUUGGGCUUAUUGAGCAGUUUGAAAGACGACAAGGAUGAAAUUACGCUGGUGUCGUUGGAGCUAGAGUUUAUUAAGAAGGCAAGAGGAUUGCUGACGGCUUCCACUGAUUUCACCAUCCCUGAUGAAGAUACCAAAGAAGUCAAAAUUGAUGUGGUUGUCAAGGAUCGCACAUUAGACACAGUGGCGAUCGCUCACUUGGUUUGGAACAUCGAAAAUAAAUCUCUUUAG